AAACAUUUGCCUGUUUUGCCUAUGGGAAAAUAUUUCAAACAUCAGUACAACUAGCCGGGCAGGGAGACUCGUAUCAAGCAGUGGCAUGGCACGGAAGUGCGUGUGGCACGAGUUUUAAACCGUUACACUGUGAGAGAAGAGAUCUCAGCAUUCACAGUGGGAGAAACUGAACACUUGCUCCAUGUACGUUGAGAGUUGAUCAGAAAGACCACAGAGUUGACAGUUAAACAAUGGGCAAAUAUUUUCACAAUCAAAAUGAUAUAUUAGUACAGGUUGACGGUUGGAAAAUAAUCAUUUGCUUAUCCAAGCAGAAAUAUUUUGCAUCACAUUGAGGAGAAAUUUGCGUCGUUUCGGAGAAGUGUUGCACUUAUUUAUAUUCUUGUGCUCAAACCCCUAUUCCUUACUGCAAAUGGAACCGUUUCAGUAUUCUAACUGCGGGAAACAUGUUAAUCAAUCCAUUACCCUGAUAACGCAUCAGCAGAAUUACAACGGUGAGAGGCCAUUCACCUGCUCGGAGAACGGGCAGAGAUUCACUCUCUCAUCUCAGCUGAUGACACAACGUCAAGUUCACACCAGGGAAAAGCCGUUCAUCUGUUCCGAGUGCGGGAAGGGGUUCAGUCGAUCGUCUCAUCUGAUGAGACACCGGCAGGUUCACACCGGGGAGAGGCCAUUCACUUGCUCCGAGUGCGGGAAGGCAUUCACCCAGUCGUGCAAUUUGGUGACACACCAACGAAUUCACACCGGGGAGAGACCGUUCACCUGCUCCAAGUGUGGGAAGGGAUUCAGCAGAUUAUCCAGUUUGAUUACACACCACCGAGUUCACACAGGGGAGAGGCCAUUCACCUGCUCUGUAUGUGGGAAGGGGUUCACUCAGUCAUCCAGCCUGGUAAUACAUCAGCGCGUUCACACAGGGGAGAGGCAGUACAUCUGUUUGAAAUGUGGGAAAGGAUUUUGUCUGUCAUCACACUUGCUGAGACACCAGCGGGUUCAUACUGGGGAGAGGCCGUUCACUUGUUCCGAGUGCGGGAAGGGGUUCACUCAGUCGUCCAGUUUAAUAACGCACCAGCGGGUUCACACCGGGGAGAGACCCUUCACUUGCACUGAUUGUGAGAAGAGAUUCAGCCGAUUUUCCAGCCUGGUGACGCACCAGCGGGUUCACACCGGGGAGAGGCCGUUCACCUGCACUGAAUGCGGGCGAGGAUUCACACAGUCAUCCAGCCUAGUGACCCACCAACGUGUUCACACUGGAGAUAGGCAGUUCAUCUGCUCUGUGUGUGGGAAGGGAUUCAGUCGCUCAUCCCAUCUGCUGAGACAUCAGCGAAUCCACACCGGGGAGAGGCCAUACACCUGCUCUGAGUGUGGGAAGGGAUUCACUCGUUCAUCCCAUCUGCAGAGACACCAGCGGGUUCACACAGGGGAGCAGCCAUACACCUGCGCCAAAUGCGGGAAGGGAUUCACGCAAUCCUCCAACCUGAUGAUACACCAGCGAGUUCACACCGGAGAGAGGCCCUUCACCUGCUCCAUGUGUGGAAAAAGAUUUUCAGAUUCUUCUUACUUGCUGAGACACCAGCGGAUUCACACCGGAGAGAGGCCGUUCAUCUGCACCGAGUGUGGGAAGGGGUUCACUCAGUCAUCGGCCCUUGCCAGACACCAGCGAGUCCAUACUGGGGAGAAGCCAUUCACCUGUUCCCAGUGUGGGAAAGGAUUUGCUCUGUCUUCCCACCUGCUGAGACACCAGCAAAUUCACACUGGGGAGAAGAUUUAUAUCUGCUCCGAGGGCGUGAAGAAAUUAAAUCGAUCGUCCCAUCUGAUGAGGCACCAGCAGGUUCACACUGGGGAGAAGCCGUUCACCUGCACUGAGUGCGGGAAGGGGUUCACUCAGUCGUCCAGCUUAAUAACGCACCAGCGGAUCCACACCGGGGAGAGGCCGUUCACUUGUUCUGAGUGCGGGAAGGGAUUCACUCGGUCGACUAGCUUAUUGGCGCACCAGCGGGUCCACACUGGUGAAAGGCCGUUCACUUGUUCCGAGUGCGGGAAGGGAUUCACUCAGUCGACCAGCUUAUUGACCCACCAGCGGGUUCACACAGGGGAGCAGCCGUACACCUGCGGCGAAUGUGGGAAGAGAUUCACGCAAUCCUCCAACCUGAUGAUGCACCAGCGAGUUCACACUGGAGAGAGGCCCUUCACCUGCUCCAUGUGCGGAAAAAGAUUUCCAGAUUCUUCUUACUUGCUGAGACACCAGCGGAUUCACACCGGAGAGAGGCCGUUUAUCUGCACCGAGUGUGGGAAGGGGUUCACUCAGUCAUCGGCCCUUGUCAGGCACCAGCGAGUCCACACUGGGGAGAAGCCAUUCACCUGCUCCCAGUGUGGGAGAGGAUUUGCUCUGUCUUCCAACCUGCUGAGACACCAGAAAAUUCACACUGGGGAGAAGAUUUAUAUCUGCUCCGAGUGCGGGAAGAAAUUCAAUCGAUCGUCCCAUCUGAUGAGACACCAGCAGGUUCACACCGGGGAGAAGCCGUUCACCUGCACCGAGUGCGGGAAGGGAUUCACUCAGUCGUCCAGCUUAUUAACGCACCAGCGGGUCCACACUGGGGAGAGGCCUUUCACUUGUUCUGAGUGCGGGAAGGGAUUCACUCAGUCGACCAGCUUAUUAACGCACCAGCGGGUCCACACUGGGGAGAGGCCGUUCACUUGUUCUGAGUGUGGGAAGGGAUUCACUCAGUCGACCAGCUUAUUGACGCACCAGCGGGUUCAUACAGGGGAGCAGCCGUACAUCUGCAGCAAAUGCGGGAAGGGAUUCGCACAAUCCUCCCAUCUGCUGAGACACCAGCGGAUUCACACAGGGGUGCAGCCGUACACCUGCGCCAUAUGCGGGAAGGGAUUCGCGCAAUCAUACCACCUGCUGAGACACCAGCGAAUUCACACUGGGCAGAAGAUUUAAAAAUAUUGGGGUAUAAAAUAUUUAAACAUUAUGGCUGCUGAGACUCCAGUUCUGUCCACCAGUUCUUGCUGCUGCUAAUCACGACCAGAAUUAAUCCCUGGUCUGCACAUUUAUAAAAGAUGAGCCACAGCAUAGUUGAUAUCCAUGGAACAAAACUUUUCCCCAUAGAAAAGAUGUUUGAAACUAGAAGGCAAAGUUUUGGGGAAGGGGCAGGAGGUUUUGGACAAGAUCUAGGUACAAACGUUUUCAUCCAGGGGUGAUUGAAAUCUGGAAUGCACUGCUGGAGAAGGUGGUGGAGGCAGAUACCCUGAUAGCCUAAAAUAAGUAGACACAAAAUGCUGGAGUAACUGAGUGGGACAGGCAGCAUCUCUGGAGAGAAAUGAUGGGUGAUGUUUCGGGUCAAGACCUUUCUUCAGAGAAUGCCGACCUCCACCGCCUCCCUGGUGCCACUACCGCCGCCAACUCUUGCAGCCUUCUCAAGGCCGCGGCUGCUGACCCUCGCCGCCUCCCGGCGCCGCUGACCCUCGCCGUCUCCUCAGCUAUCCGCUCACCGGGGCAAUAGACGCUUUGUCCGUUGACACAGACUCCAGCCCCCCCCCCCCCCCCACGGGUCUACACCAAAAAUUUACAAACCAAGAGACAAAGUGCUGAAAUGACUCAACGGGGCAGGCAGCAUCUCUGGAGGACAUGGAGAGGUCAUACUAUGUCCUGAUCCAAACCGUCUCCUAUUCAUGUCCUCUAGAGGCGCUGCCUGACCUGCUAAGUUACAUUUAAGAAGUAUCCAGAUAAGCACUUGAAUUGUUAUGGCUCGCAAGGCUACGGAAAGGGAUUAGCACAGAGAGUUGCCUUGGCGGCCUUGGACACGGUUGGCCAAUAAUCUGUUCGGUUGGCCAAUAGUCUGUUCUUGUACUAUAUGACUCCCAACAAUGGGUUACAAUUACUUGUGGAAUGUUUGUAUUACAACGCUGGGGAUACAGUACCCAAGGACAAGAUCCGUUACUAUCUCAUAUGAGAGGACUGUGCUGGUAGGCAUGGGUCUGUCACUGGCACAUUGGCACAGUGUUUAGUAAAAUUUGAAGAAAUAACUAACUCUGUCUAAAGGCUAAAGCUACUUUGCCAGCAGUGGGUUGAGAUGAGCAAUAAAUGCUGGCCCAAUAAAUGCGCCGAUCCUGAAAAACGAAUAAAUAUAAAAAUUUGAGUACAAGCAAUUAGGCAACGGAGAAGCAGAUUCUAUAUGAAAAGGUGAGAGCCAAGGUACUUGUGACUAAAGAUAUCAGUAUCCAUUUAUAUUUAAAUAAGUUGUAAAUCUGGUGUUCUACAUAUAAAGUUGCACAUUUCUGUUCACUUUGACAACUUCACAUUGUUUCCAUCUUCUGGGUCAACCGUUUUUUUUGUUCUGAAUUGUCCGCCAAGUUUACCAAAAACUGAAGGAUAGGAACGAGAUCUGAUUGGUGUCUGUCCUGCAUCCCAGGGAAACAUGGAUAGGUGAUGUUUCGGGUCAGGAAUCUCAUCUAAUAAAACAGAAUUAGUGUCAACGGGUCAAUUUGGACUGAGUGGGCUGAAGAGUCUGUGUCUGUGCUGCAUUUUUAAAUCAAUCAAAGUUCAACCAAUGUUAAAUGUUAUCAGUACAAAUCCCAGUGCCUUUUAGACCCUUAAGUGAUUUAAGAAUAAAACAACAUAAUUUAAACAUCCUUUGGGAAAAGUGCACACGUCACCCGACUCCACACCCCUGGAAAGACAUAAAAGUACUGGAGUAAAAAGUACUCAGUGGGUCAGGCGGCAUCUCUGGAACACAUGAUCAGAAGGAUUCCAACCCUAAAUGUCACUAUCCAAGUUAUCUAAGAUGUACCUGUGCUUAUGGAGAGUAUAGUGAUACCUGCACUGAACUGUAUUCAAAAAUGAAUUGCAUUGUACCUCGGUGCAUGUGAUAAAUAAAGUACCAUUGAUUAAAA